AUGGUUGCGAGGUCCUCGAUGUCAAUCGCAAAAUCGAGCGCUUUCGCUUCAAUGAAUCCCACCACAACAGAGCACGACUACCGGUUUCCCAGGAGGCCCCAUCAGCCUACCGCUCACAUGCCUGCCACCGCCGACAACGGCCAAGGCCUACACACCCAUGCUCAUGGUGGUCGAGGGGGCCACGGGCACGCCCACGCCCAUGCCCACCCCAACACACAAGGCCGCACCACCACCGCCCAUGCAGAAGGCGCAGGCUCAUCGUCGUCCGCUUUCACGUCGCAUUUGGGUGACCUUGAUCUCGAUCUCGACCUCGACCUCAACCUUGACACCGUAUCCGGCGCGCGACCCCAACAGACUUCGCACACCCAACUUCUUCAAUCCUCUGCCUUUCCUCCUUUCGAGGACGCCGUCAUGGGGGCUUCCGGCGACACGCCCGAGUUGCUCCAGCAGGAGGAUCCUCUUGCGACGCAGGUGUGGAAGUUUUUCAGCAAGACGAAGCAGAGCUUACCAAACCAAGAACGAAUGGAGAAUCUGACCUGGCGAAUGAUGGCUAUGAACAUGAAGAAGAAGCGGCAGGAGGAGGAAGCAUCCAGGGUUGUGCGCCAGUCUGCGACGGCGAACAACGCAGUUUCAAGCCACGGCAACGCACCGAGUGGAAUUGCCCAAUUGCGGAAAACAUCUGAGCAGAACUUGAACAACCCUGAGCCGAUGAACCUCGAUGACUUCAUCUUCUCCGAGAAUAUGGCAACGCCGGUCGAUUUCUCAUCCCCACAACUCCAGCCACCUCCCCCGCCGCCGCCUCGACACUCUCAUGAGUCUAGGUCUGCCGCACCAGGUCAACCGCAUUCUUUGCUCACCUCGGCCAUCAAUAUCAAAUCGCGCAAGGACGCCGCUGCGCACCAGCAGUUUGUCCCCCAAUCUGUGCCCUUCCCUCCCCAUCACCAGAGGGCCCAGGAUGAGUUCAAUUAUGUCCCUCGGCAUACACGUAAAACAAGUAUCGAUGACCGACGCACACGGAAGCGCCCCGCAAACUUCUCUCCUCAGGUGCCUGCCGUCAACAGCAACGUCGACGGCCUUACCACUAAUAUUCGCGCCGAUUCUGAGCUUCAUGAAUAUUCUCUGGACACCGCAGGACAACCUGGAAUGACGCAGGGCCCUAACCAACAGGGCAAUCCUUUCCACCUCGAUGGCCUAUCCAUGGAUACCGAUAACAUCAUCACGUCUGCUGGCCCUUUCCAGCAAAACUUUAGCUUCUCACCAUCCACCUCUCCCAUGGUCUCGCACAACCACUUCUCCAACAUGUAUGGUGGCUCAUCUAUGCCCUCUUCAUCCCUCAACGCGGCGGACUUUUACUCGCCCCCGGGCUCCGCUUAUCCGUCUGCCGUUUCCACUCCACAUCCCAUCCCCGACAAUGAUAGCUUUUACUUUGGAUCCUUGGAUAUGCGAAGCCAAGGCCAGCAGUCCUUCCGAUCUGGGGGGCCCCAAGGUGUGAGCAACCAAAUGGGCUCACAAUUCAUGUACAACGGCGCACCCAACAACAGCUCCAUGUUCCCCGCCUCUACCGCCGGGCCUGAUCCCCCGAGCGCCUUUAGCACCAAUGGUCCCAACUCCUUUGCGCACAUCGACCCCACACAGGUCUUCCAAGGAGAUCAAUCUGGCCGAUCUCCCGGAGUGUCUAUCCCGAACGAGAACAUGUUCUCGUUCGGUGCGGAUUCUGAUGACGAGGAUGGCGGUGCAUUUGCCGACAGAAACCUGUCGAUGCCCAGUGACUUUUCACCUUCGGCAAUGGAUGACACCCACUCGCUCGGCUGGGAUCCAUCCCUGCCUGGCCAGUACAGCACUCAGGCUGCUCGAUACCCCGGCGGACCGCCCCGCAAGCAAGUCACGAUUGGUGGCACCACCACUGACUACGUCGACAACACAAGCGGUGAUUGGGACGGCGGUAACAUUUCACGGUCUCAUUCACAGUCUUUUAAACAGGGGGGACUAGACAGGCGCGGCGGAAAGGUCCCGCGCAUUGCCUCGACCCCCGCCACUCAUCUCGCUCGCAACGGUAAUCCUUUCGAUCGCAUGGCACAAUCAACCCCCAAUUCUCCUCCUGAGGCUCCUGGCACGAGGUCUGGCUUCUCGUCUGUUGCCCCAAGCCGACCUUCAUCACCCCUUGGUUCAAAGCAAGGAUCCUCCACCAACCUGCAGGGAGCUGGAAGCAACGGGGACAGCAGCGCGCCGACCACAUGUACCAAUUGUUUCACUCAAACGACCCCUCUAUGGCGUCGCAACCCUGAAGGACAGCCACUUUGUAACGCCUGCGGACUUUUCUUGAAACUUCACGGCGUUGUACGACCACUCAGCUUGAAGACGGAUGUCAUCAAGAAAAGAAACCGGAAUUCGCAGGUUACGACCCCACCUGCCGUGGUUCGCGCGGGAAGCGUGAAUAACGAGGGUGAAAGCCCGGCGAGCGGGCCUGCUUCUGGUGGCAACACGGCCGGUAGCACACCUACUACUUUUAGUGCUGGUUCCUCCGUGGGUGCUGUUGGCGGGAAGGGCGUCAUUCCUAUCGCCGCAGCACCCCCCAAGAACACUCCGGGUCCCGGUGCGGCGUCGAUGCCUCGCAACGGUGCUUCAUCAUCCGGUUCCUCCAAACGCCAACGUCGCCACAGCAAGAGCACGGGCAGCGAGGGACUUGCCAGCAUGGACGUCGACAGCCCAGAGAAUUCAACUGGUUCUCCCAACGAAGCUGCACGGUCAGUUCCAUCGGCUAGUCCUCUGAACACGAUGUCCGCAGCUGGCUCGCUGGGUAUGGCCAGUAGUUUCGGCAUGACGCAACGACCGCUAAUGGGUCACGGUGGCAUGUUAGGCAUGUCAGGCGCGAGUGGCCAAGGCCCCAUGAUGAACCCUGGAGGCCCCGCAUCAGGACCUCAAGAGUGGGAAUGGCUGACGAUGAGUCUCUGA